AGAGAGAGAGAGAGAGAGAGAGAGAGGAGGCGGGUUUUCAGUGCUAUUUCCUGCAGCGUUGCGACAGCGUUGCUCCGCCUCGCAUUGCCCCCCCUCCGCCCUCGCCCUUCUCUUAGACUCUUUGUGCGCGCUGCCAAUAUUUUAUUCUUUUCUGUUUUCGCUCGAAACGCUUGUCUCUUCCUCGUCUCAACGAGAUCUCAUUUGCACAAAUCGAGCACCAAUUGAGGCUGAGCUGAUAGUUUCUUGUAAUUUUUGGUGCUUUGUUUUCGUAUUUUGUAAAAUUUUGUUCUCCGUCUUCGCCUUCCCGUGGCUUUGCAGGUACGAGAGCUUGUUCAUGCGAUGAUGAUCAGGCUGUGAGGAUCCCGAGAUCAGAGCUUCCUCGAUGAGCGUGCCUAGAGUGAUUAGGAACCACUAAAACCCAGGGGUGGGUUUAUGCUUGACAGAGGCGCACUGACACGCCCGUUUCGGGCUUCGUUUGUGUUGGGAUCGCACAUCUAUGAAUUGAAGCCCCGGUUUGAGAAGUUUUGCGACCUUCAGCUUUUUCGUUCAGUGUUAGUGGCGUUGUUACGAGAAAGCUCUACGUCUGGUUCAGCUUUCGAGGAUUGUGUUGCUACAGUAUCUGGAAAGCGCGCGGAGCUGAGCUUUUUUGUCUCUUACGCGCUUGCUGCUCACCCAACUUGUUUCAGUUUUGGUUGGGCUUUUGCGUUUCUUCUGCUGGCACCUUCUCUCUUCGCUUUGCAGAGUAUCUUUUCUCUUUUAUGGUGCAUGUGAUGUGGCUAGAUUUACGUGGAAUGCCACAUGCUCAUUUCGAACUAGUCUCGGAAGUAGAUCCAGUCCGCUUCAACCUCAGGACUCCUGAACUUGCCUUGAUUUCUCCCAAAUGCAAGUCUUCUGCUUCGCAAGGUUGGACAGCCUAAUGAGCACAUUCUAAGCAUUUAGUGGAAUGAGCCUACGGAAUCGCGUCGUCUACACCUACGAUUUCAUAAUGAAAGUUUUGAAGUUCCAUAAAGAUUGAAGGUUUGCGUCGUGAAUAUUUACGUGCGAUAAUAUUUUUGGUAAAUUAGAGUGAUUGCGUAGUAUGGAAUGGGGUCCGGACAUCGCUCUGGAGCCUUUCUUUGGCAGUUUGAGAGAGGAGAUUGGCAUUGGAGGUAGGCACUCCACGCAAGGGGGUGGAGAUGAUCUCGAAUUCUUGGGCAAGAAGACUUCAGAACUUCGAGGAAAAGUCUGUGUCCUCAGUCUUGAUGGUGGUGGAACGCCCGGCAUUAUACCUGCACGCCUGCUUGCGUAUCUCGAGGAGCUUCUGAAGCAGAAAAGUGGAGAUCAAGAUGCACGCAUUGCUGAUUACUUUGAUGUUGUUACAGGGACAUCGGUCGGAGGUCUGAUAGCCACUAUGCUCUUCACAGGUGACGAGAACAGCAGACCGUUGUUCCGAGCUGAGGAGGCAUGGAAGGUGAUGGCUGAGCGGGGGCGCGAAGUGUUCAAGAAGGUCGCAAAGUCCUCUGUAUGGUCGAAGUUGCGAGGGAAGUCAAGCAAAAGCAGUCGCUUCUCGGUGAAACCCCUAGAGCAGGUACUAAAAGAGUACCUGGUGAGGGAAGAUGGCAGCGCCCUGACGCUCCGCGACACUAUUAAGCCUGUGUUAAUUCCCUGCUACGACCUUACGACUGCCGCCCCUUUCCUCUUCUCGCGUGCCGAUGCUCUUGAGAACCAGACAUGGAACUUCAAUCUCUGGGAGAUUUGCCGUGCCACAACUGCCACUCCCCCUUUCCUCCCCCCUGCAUGUGUCACUUCCGUUGACGGCAAAACCUCUUGCACGGCGAUCGACGGACGAGUCGUCAUGCACAACCCCACUGCCGCCGCAAUUACGCAUGUUCUCCACAACAAGAGAGAAUUUCCCUCCGUGCGUGGAGUGGAGGACCUGUUGGUUCUGUCCCUCGGAACUGGGCAAAUUGACCAAACCUACAUGUACGAUACUGUUCGGGGAUGGGGUGCGUUGCAAUGGGUGAAACCUCUUGCCAAAAUCGUUUUGGAUGGCGUUGCGGAUACGGUCGAUCACACCAUCAGCAUGGCUUUCGGUGAACAUCGCAAACAUUACCUUCGCAUUCAGAUGGCGGGGUUACCAAACAAGACAGAGACGGACAUGAAUGAUGUGAAUCAGCUUUUGAAACUAUCAGAAGAUCUGUUGGAUCAGAAAAGCAUGGAAUUUCUUCCAUUUGGUGGCCGCAUGCCUCUGUCUGUGAGCAACAGAGAACGGCUUGAUUGGUUUGCGGACCAGCUCGUGAAGGAGCGGAGAGCAAGGUCUCCGGCUGCAACGGAAACUGCAUUCCAGAAUUUCAUCGAGAAGCUGAAAAGUUCGUGCCCUGAGAUUUCGCCGGUGAUAGAGUGACUAUUGUCACGAUGUGAUCCACAAAGUUCCUCCACUUUAGGUGCUGGAGGAAGUCAUUCAAUCAAGUACCUGUUUCUGGGAGAACCAUGAAGAUGGUGGUGAGGAAUACUGCAACUUACUUAUCUCACAUUCCAGACGUCUAGGAAUUUAAUUGCUGUUCGAUGCGUCUCCAAAAUCAGCGUCUGAGAGCUUGUGAUGGUUCGCUUGUGCACCUACUUGGUAAUGUCUUAUGGUCUCAUCGUGAGUGAGAUGGGAAUGGAAGGUGGCCGCAAACGACGCAUUUGCAGUUUGUAAGUGACUGUGCCCAGUGAUUGAAAGGGGGGGGGGGAUAAAAAUUGCUGAUUCAUGUAAUGUAUUGGCCUACGAGGCAAAUCAACUGGUUCAUUAUACCACGUGUUUCUCGUGCACAAGUUGGGCCAUUUUAUCAUG